AUGCCCUUCCGGGAACUUGCGAUGACUGCGUGGUCCUUUGGCAAUGCGUUAUCUCACCACGAACCAGCAGUGACUGCUGCUGGAGCUGCAGCUCUGCCUGCGCUGGACAAGACAGCCUUUGAGAUUUGUGGACGCGGAGCUGCAGAGGCUUGCCCAGUGGAGAUGGUGGCAUCUUUGGCAGGUUCACUCAAGGAGUUGAAGGCCGUUCCCACUGAGUACAUGGAUUGCGCGGCAGCAGCCAUUCAAAAGGCUGCCAAAGACGUUGAUGUGGACAGGAUUCAACCGGCGUUUGAGCCGGAUCCCACAAUCAGCGAUGCCGGCCCUUCUGUGCUGGAGACUGGGAAAGAUCUCCUUGUCUUGUGGAAACCAAGUGGAUGGGUGGUAAAUGUCAGAAGAGAGGCUUCAGCAGGCUUUGCUGAAGAAGACAUGCUGGGGGAGGAGCCAGCCGACCAGGCGUUGCUUUUGGCUCCCUGGCUCGCGCAGAACCUCGGCCCCAUGUCGCCCAUAUCUGCGGAUCCGGAUGCCCAGCAUGGCAUCCUGCAUCGCUUGGAUGCUGAGACAUCGGGGCCUUUGGUGUGCGCAACCAGCUACACUGGCUAUGCCCUGGCCAUGCUACAGUUUGGUUCCCGAAAUGUCAUCAAGGAGUACCUCUGCCUUUGUCAUGGCUGGCUUUCUCCGCAGGUCAAGAUGCUGGAGCAGCCUCUGCAGUAUGGUGAGCGUCAAGCUGCUGAUUUGGAAGGCCAACCUACAACAAGGUUGCGAGCGGCGAAGACCGAGAUCUUGUCCGUUGCCCACUUCAUGGCGGAAACUGCGGUCAGCUUGGUUGCGGUCCGCCUGCAUACUGGGAGGCGAAACCAGAUUCGGGCCCAUCUCCUCUACCAAGGGCAUCCUCUCGUCGGCGAUAAGAUCUACGGAGACGGAGCGAAGGGCUGGUGUCGUCGGCUGUUUUUGCACAGCUAUCGGUUGC